CAAACCUAUGGUUUCAACAAGCAGCGGUGGGUGGGACUAUAUCAUUUAUCCGCCUGUGAUUGGCCCUCGUUGCUCUUGUGAUGCUUUGAGUUGUCCAAUAAAGUACGAGUUUACGGGUUUGGCCUAUAAAAUUACCAUAGGGCAGUGAAUAAAUGCCUCUGUAUCGCACACUGUAGUUUACAUUUACUCGUCAGUCUUAUAGUAUCGCAUCAUCAUGCCUGAACCAGCAAAGUCCGCGCCUAAAAAAGGCUCCAAGAAGGCCGUCACCAAGACCGCCAGUAAGGGAGGAAAGAAGCGCAGAAAGUCCAGGAAGGAGAGCUACGCCAUCUAUGUCUACAAAGUCCUGAAGCAGGUCCACCCUGACACCGGCAUCUCCUCCAAGGCGAUGGGCAUUAUGAACUCUUUCGUCAACGACAUCUUCGAGCGCAUCGCCGGUGAGUCGUCUCGCCUCGCGCACUACAACAAGCGCUCCACCAUCACUUCCAGAGAGAUCCAGACCGCCGUGCGUUUGUUGCUGCCCGGAGAGCUGGCCAAACACGCCGUGUCCGAGGGCACAAAGGCCGUCACCAAAUACACCAGCUCGAAGUGAGGCGUGCCCGACUUCAACUACCCCAAAGGCUCUUUUAAGAGCCACCCAUCUUCUCAAAUAAAGAGCGUUUGUGUAGUUCUCUAAUGCUCUUGAUU